AUGGGCGUGCUGGCCAGUGCUGGUUUGUUGCUAUUGCUGGUUAUCGGCCACCCCAGAAGCCUAGGACUGAAGUGUGGAAUUCGCAUGGUCAACAUGAAAAGUAAGGAACCUGCCGUGGGAUCUAGAUUCUUCUCUAGACGUAGUAGUUGGAGAAAUUCAACAGUGACUGGACAUCCAUGGCAGGUCUCCCUAAAAUCAGAUGAGCACCACUUCUGUGGAGGAAGCUUGAUUCAAGAAGAUCGCGUUGUUACAGCAGCACACUGCCUGCACCACCUCAAUGAGAAGCAACUGAAGAAUAUAACUGUGACUUCUGGAGAGUACAGCCUCUUUCAGAAGGAUAAGCAAGAGCAGAAUAUUCCUGUCACAAAAAUUAUUACCCAUCCUGAAUACAACAGCCGUGAAUAUAUGAGUCCUGAUAUUGCACUGCUGUAUCUAAAACACAAAGUCAAGUUUGGAAGUGCUGUUCAGCCAAUCUGUCUUCCUGACAGUGAUGAUAAAGUUGAACCAGGAAUUCUUUGCUUGUCCAGUGGAUGGGGCAAGAUUUCCAAAACAUCAGAAUAUUCAAAUGUCCUACAAGAAAUGGAACUUCCCAUUAUGGAUGACAGAACGUGUAAUACUGUGCUCAAGAGCAUGAACCUCCCUCCCCUGGGAAGGACCAUGCUGUGUGCCGGCUUCCCUGAUGGGGGAAUGGACACCUGCCAGGGGGACUCUGGAGGACCACUGGUUUGUAGAAGAGGUGGUGGAAUCUGGAUUCUUGCUGGGAUAACUUCCUGGGUAGCUGGUUGUGCUGGAGGUUCAGCUUCUGUAAGAAACAACCAUAUGAAGGCAUCACUUGGCAUUUUCUCCAAAGUGUCUGAGUUGAUGGCUUUUAUCACUCAAAACCUGUUCACAGGUUUGGAUCGGGGCCAACCCCUCUCAAAAGUGGGCCCAAGGUAUAUAACAAAGGCCCUGAGUUCUGUCCAAGAAGUGAAUGGAAGCCAGAGAGGAGAGGGUAUUUUAGACAUGGAAAAGCAAGUUGGAUGUGAUCAUGACUAUGUAUCUUUACAAUCAAGUAAUGGAGUGCUUAUUAACCAGAGAUCUCUCAUGGAAGAUGAUGGAAAACAAAAACAUGUCUGUGGAAAAAUAUUGCCUUCACCAUUGCUGGCAGAGACCAGUGAGGCCAUGGUUCCAUUUGUUUCUGGUACAGAAGACAGUGGCGGUGGCUUUGAGCUUACCUUUACUGCUGUACAGAACUCAGAAGCAGGGUCAGGUUGUGGGAGUCUGGCUAUAUUGGUAGAAGAAGGGACAAAUCACUCUGCCAAGUAUCCUGAUUUGUAUCCCAGUAACGUAAGGUGUCAUUGGUUCAUUCCUGCUCCAGAGAAACACAUUAUAAAGUUGACAUUUGAGGACUUUGCUGUCAAAUUUCGUCCAAACUGUAUUUAUGAUGCUGUUGUGAUUUAUGGUGAUUCUGAAGAAGAGCACAAGUUAGCUAAACUUUGUGGAAUGUUGACCAUCACUUCAAUAUUCAGUUCUAGUAACAUGAUGGUGAUACACUUUAAAAAUGAUGGUAGAAAUCGUUUGCAAGGCUUCGAGGCUAGAUUUACCAUUUUGCCCUCAGAGUCUGUAAACAAAUUUGAACCAAAGUUACCUCCCCAAAACAAUCCUGUAUCUACUGUAAAAGCUAUUCUGCAUGAUGUCUGUGGCAUCCCUCCGUUUAGUCCCCAGUGGCUUUCCAGAAGAAUCGCAGGAGGGGAAGAAGCCUGCCCCCACUGUUGGCCAUGGCAGGUGGGUCUGAGGUUUCUAGGCGAUUACGAAUGUGGAGGUGCCAUCAUCAACCCAAUGUGGAUCCUGACCGCAGCCCACUGUGUGCAACCGAAGAAUAAUCCACUCUCCUGGACUGUUAUUGCUGGGGAUCAUGACAGAAACCUGAAGGAAUCAACAGAGCAGGUGAGAAGGGCCAAACACAUAAUAGUGCAUGAAGACUUUAACACACUAAGUUAUGACUCUGACAUUGCCCUAAUACAACUAAGCUCUCCUCUGGAGUACAACUCGGUGGUGAGGCCAGUAUGUCUCCCACACAGCGCAGAGCCUCUAUUUUCCUCGGAGAUCUGUGCUGUGACCGGAUGGGGAAGCAUCAGUGCAGAUGGUGGCCCAGCAAGUCGCCUACAGCAGAUUCAGGUGCAUGUGUUAGAAAGAGAGGUCUGUGAACACACUUACUAUUCUGCCCAUCCAGGAGGGAUCACAGAGAAGAUGAUCUGUGCUGGCUUUGCAGCUUCUGGAGAGAAAGAUUUCUGUCAGGGAGACUCUGGCGGGCCACUAGUAUGUCGACGUGAAAAUGGUCCCUUUGUCCUCCAUGGCAUUGUCAGCUGGGGAGCUGGCUGUGUCCAGCAAUGGAAGCCGGGUAUGGGUAUAUUUGCCAGAGUGAUGAUCUUCUUGGACUGGAUCCAAUCAAAAAUCAAUGGUCCUGCUUCACUUCAGACAAAUAAUAAACGCAAAACCUUAAAACAACAAUGGCCACCACCCACACCUUCACCAGACAGUGCGUCUUGGCCAGGUUGUUGCUCUGAAGCAGAGCUAGAAAAGCCCAGAGGCUUUUUUCCCACUCCACCAUAUCCACCGGAUUAUAGAGGAAGACUGGAAUGUUCUUGGGUGCUCAGAGUUUCACCAAGCAUUAUGGCAAAAUUUACCAUUGAGUCACUCCUGGGGUCUCCUGUGUGUCAAGACUCAGUUCUAAUUAUUUAUGAAGAAAGACACAGUAAGAGAAAGAUGGCAGGUGGAUUACAUGGGAGAAGACUUUACUCAAUGACUUUCAUGAGUCCUGGACCGCUGGUGAGGGUGACAUUCCAUGCCCUUGUACAAGAUGCAUUUGGUAUAAGCUAUAUUGUCUUGAAAGUCCUAGGUCCAAAGGGCAGUAAAAUAACCAGACUUUCCCAAAGUUCAAACAGAGAGCACUUGGUCCCUUGUGAGGAUGUUCUUCUGACCAAGCCAGAAGGGAUCACGCAGAUCCCAAGAAAUUCUCACAAAACUACUAUGGGUUGCCAAUGGAAGUUAGUAGCCCCUUUAAAUCACAUCAUUCAGCUUCAUAUUAUUAACUUCCCGAUGAAGCCAACAACUUCGGUCUGUCAUGGUCAUCUGCGUGUUUACGAAGGAUUUGGACCAGGAAAAAAAUUAAUAGCUUCAUUCGCUGGAACUCUGGCAAUGAUACUGACAAAAGACAUAUUAAAAUGAGAAAAAUUGAAUUUUAUUAACACAUAUAUCAUGCAUAUAUGGGAAAAUUCGGUGUAUGAUAAUGUAAGAAGUGUUGGAAAAAGAAAACAGAAGAAAUUUGCAUCAAAUUUAAGUUAUAGUAUGGAGGCUGGGAAGUCCAGGAUCCAGGUGCCAGCAGAUUUGGUGCCUGCUGAGGGCUCACUUUCUGGUUCUUAG